ACGUAAUAUCUAGUAUCUACAUAUUUAAUAUUUUUACUGAUUUCGAAAUAAAGUGCGAAUAUAAUAUACAUAAGCUUACAUACAAAUACAAGGUAUUAAAUAAACAUGCCGUUACCUCCUGCACUCGCUGCGCGUCUAGCUAAACGAGGCUUAAUAAGACCAAACACAAACAAGGAUGUGUUAAGUGAGUCUCCUCAGACACAAGUAAAUGAAGAAAUUAUUGCAGAAGAUUACGAUAAUAAACCUGAUGAAGUAAGCUCCAAGGAACAUUUUUGGGAAGGAAUCGAAGGUGUAAAUGUCGAUCCCAUUAGAGGCCACAAGGGAUGCCCUAACAAAAGUAAUAUUUAUCAUGAAUGUUCCAAAUUUUGUGUUAAAACGUGGAAACAAGGGAAAUUUACACCGAGUGAAAAGUAUUUGGAAUUAAAGAAAAAAGUAUUAGAAAUUUGGCCGUUGCCACCCGGUUGGGAAGAAGUAUAUGACGAAGGAACUGGUCAUUGUUAUUUCUGGAAUGUUCACAACAACAUUGUUUCCUGGUUACCGCCGACACAUCCUCGAGCUGUGCCAAGUGAAUGUGCUGCACAUUUACGUGAAGAACGAUUAUUGAGAGAAGGGGAUGAGAGUGAUGAUAGCAGUGAGGCGUCUGAUCAGGAGGUACCGCAACAACAUUACAAAGAGAAAAGACAAGAGCGUAAAGAGCGAGACAGAGAAAUGGUACAUCAUAGAGAUAAAAGGAGACAUAGAGUCCGAGACAAUGAUUUGGACCCAAUGGACCCUGCUUCAUACUCUGAUAUUCCUAGGGGUAACUGGACGGCAGGUUUAGACGCUCAUGCUAAAACUGGAGUUGAUUCAACUGCUUCAGGAUCAUUGUAUCAGAUGAGGCCUUAUCCAGCACCAGGAGCAAUUCUUGCUGCUAAUGCUAAACAAAUUUCACCACCUCCUUCUCCACAUUAAAUAAACUUCCUUAAUGUGCAACUAUAUAAGUAAUUUAAUUAUAUUUGUUUUUUAAAUAAAGGAUUUAUAAGUC